AGAUUUAGGUGACUUGAUGCAAGUGGUGACAGGCAUCGCUCCAACACCUCCUGUACAACUUCGUGUUGUUAACUCAAGCGGAUAUGAUGUCAGAGGAGUAGAAUUGGGAGAACCACUUUACUUAAGAGUCGAAAUGAAAGAUGAAAGUAUUUUUGGUAUUUUUGGAAGUGGACUUGUAGCUCGAAGUGGUCAUGGAGCUGAAACUGUUCUUCUUUUAGAUGAUAGAGGAUGUCCUAUUGAUCCGACAGUGUUUCCGUCAUUAGAAAAAUCCUUAGAUAGCAAAACUCUAACCGCUCCGUUUCAAGCUUUUAAAUUUGCUUCUGAAAGCACAAUCAAGUUCCAAAUGACUGUAUCUUUCUGCUUGGAUGUUUGUCCUCCCGUGGAUUGCGAAAGAGAAGAAGCCGAUAAUGCGAUUUCUCAAUCUUAUGGCAGAAGAAGACGUUCUUCCUCUUCAGUAGCUGAUACCAGAUCAUUAGAGCUACAGUCUGGUGACGUAAUUAUUGACAUAACGACAGAGAGCGAUAUGUUUGUGGUAAAUAACCUGAAAUCCAGUCAGACAGCGAAUGAUCGUGGGAAAAUGGCCCAGAGUGCGUCUGUGGAAGCAACUCACUUGAAAAGAAAAGAUAACGCAUUAUGCAUGACUAAACCAGUUCUCAUCGCCAUUGUGAUAACUGUUACAGGAAUUCAAGUUGCAAUGUUAGCUGCUUGUAUUUUAUUGGUAGCAUGCCGACGUAAACCAGUUGGAUAUCCAAGUAUGCCAAGCCAUAGUAGUAGUCGAGCUUCUAUUUCUAGUAGGACAAGGCUAUUUCCACAAUCUUAAAAUCACAUAAGUGUGCCCCAAGAGAUGGACACACCUUUGCUCAGCCAAUCAGAAAGUUGCCAAUCAGUCUCCUGUCCACCGAGAUAGGGUGUGGAUCAUUUCCUUUUUUUUAUUUUUUUUAUUUUUUUCAUUUUUAUGGACUUGUCCUCGAAAGUCAGAGGAUUUUUUUUUAUAAUUUAGGUUAUACAAAAUGUGGGUUUUAUCUA